AUGGCUGCUAUUCCUCAGGCCAAGGCUCUCGUCAAGAGAUACUACUACACAUAUGACUAUUCUAACGGUGCUAGAUGGGCCUUUUUCGCUCUCUUUUUGGUUGCACUUCUUAUUGCCGUGUUUGGUACCAUUAGAGUCAACAAAAAUCGUCUGAAAAGAGGCGAGGCUCCGCUUUAUGGUACUUCUUGGAUAACUCCCCCAGCUUAUCGUACAAACAACCCUCCACAAGAGAAUUACGUGCCAACAUAUACCGCCACUGCUAAUGAAGCUGACAUGGGAUACUAUGACCAGCAAGGCAACUUCCAUCAAAACCCCAACGUGAAGAGUCCCGAGCCUGCGUACAUGAGAAACAAUGCUACGGGCACCACCACGUAUGAGAACUAUAGCACUACUACUUACUACAUGGGCAGCGAUGCUCCUAUUGUGAGUGAGGCUACCACUGGACAGUACCCAAGACCAGAAGGUCCUCCUGGUGCAUCUCAGGGCACAAGCACUGGAGCCAGCGCACCAGCUGGUGAGGCAGCCACUGGUACUUCGCAGCCACUUUAUUCUAGACCUGAAGCUCCACCACCCAGCGCAGGCAAAUCGUAA